UGUAGUUUGAUUACUCAAAGAGAGAGAGACGUCUUCUUCACACCGCAGGCUCAGUUUCAAAACGAUCUUCGAAGUUCGCAGAUCUUUUUUGGUUUUCUCGACGAUGGCGAAUCAAGACAAGUUAGAUCAUCAUCGGUGUGUUGAUACAGAGGCACAAGAUCCUACUUCAAUGACUAUUGAGUUUCUGCGUGCACGUUUACUUGCUGAAAGAGCUGUUUCCAAGAGUGCUAGAGCAAAGCUUGAUGGACUCGCUGAUAAAGUAGCUGAGUUGGAGGAACAGCUCAAGAUUGUGUCUUUACAGAGAAAGAAAGCAGAACAGGCAACUGCUGAUGUUCUUGCGAUCCUAGAGGAAAAUGGAUAUACUGAUGAUGUCUCUGAUGAUUAUGAUUCAAACUCUGAACAUGAAUGCUACUCUCAGACAAAUUCAGUUUUAGGGAAAAGUUUAUCCUGGAAAGGUCGUAGGACGGAACCAGGUUCUUCUGACAAGAUCAAGGAAAUCCGGAAUAGGAGACAUCAUAGAGGUUUCGAGUGUGCUUAUUUUUCCUCUCCUAGACACCGCCAAGGAAGAUCUUGUCGCCAAAUUAGACGUGGCGAAUCAAGAAAUGUAUCUGACGAUUACAAGAGAGAUGGAAAUCCGGUUGAUUUUCAAGAAAAUGGAGUUCGCACUGAAAUGCUUCCUCAAGCGAAUGAAGAUGCAUCCAGCACCGUGGUGGAUGUUGCUGUCGUGAAGGGAGACGAAAGUUUGAACAAGUUGUCAAAUUCAAAUGGUUUAGAGAAACAAAACAGUACGGAUAUCAACUUGGAGAGAGCAUUAGAAAACCGUGCUCAAGUUAUCGGAUCUUUUGAAGAUAUGGAAGAGACUCAAAGGGAAUGGGAAAAAAACUUCAGAGAGAAUAAAUCAUCUGCCCUGGAUUUAUGUGACGUAGGAAACCAUUCUGAUGUGACGGAUGAAAGUAACGGGGAAAAAGCCCAAUCUCCGCUUCAAGGUUCCACAGUAGUCCCUUCACUCCGUGAUACAAGGUCUAUAGCUAAUGAAGUUGACUUUAGGGAAUCGUUUGAAACUUUGUCACAUGGUUCACCUGAUAAUUCAGUAACGUCACCUGAUAAGUGCUGCAAAAGUUGUGGUUCCAGAUCUCUGGAACAAGAUGCUUCUUCUUCUAGAGACAAAAGAAAACAUGUUUCUGAGAGCCCUAAAAGUGAGUACUCCCAUCCACAGAGCUGUAAAGGUAUCAAUGAGCACUCUUCAUCAACUAUUCAGUCACCUCUUGUAACACAACCAAACUCGAGAGGUGGUUCCUUUGACAGUACUACCACUGCCAUCCAGAAAGUAGAUUAUCCAUUAGUUCCACUGAAAGAGGGGAAGUCUGAUACUUGUGAAACUGUACUCACUGCGCUAAAGCAAGCGAAGUUGUCUCUGCAAGAGAAAGUCAAUAGCCUACAUAUCAGAAAACCUGAUUGUCAUUCUGAAAGCUCAUAUCCUUCAACACCAGGUUCAUAUAUGAACACGUACGCACUACCGAUAGAACCAGCAUUUAGUACUAAACCAUCUCUCCCUGCUUCCAGCAUUGGGUCCAUGGUAGAGUUUCCUGUUGGCUGUGCUGGACUUUUCCGUGUACCCACUGAUUUUUCAUCUGAUGCUUCAAAUAGGAACUGUUUUCUAGCUUCGAGUUCUCAGAACGCUAUGGUUACCCAUAUGCCUGAGCGAGACAUCCCCCUAGUACCUGGAGAUCAGCUUUUCACCAAAACAGCCUCAAACAAUCUCCUAAAUACUGGCUUCCAAAGCCAACUAGAAACCAGUCCUCCUUUGUCAGUGGAUGACCGACUUUUGACCACCCCAUACAUCGGUGGACCAAAACUAUGGUCCAGCUUCAGGGCAGAUGGUCCACCGAUGAUUGAUGUUCCAGGCUUCAGACUUAAUAAAGGCACACCAAGUGUUUCAGGCAGUGCAAUCUCUGGUGGAACAUCUGGUUUUGAAGGUAACCAAGUAUCCUCAACUAGCUUCAAUUUAGAUAGACGAGUAAGUACAUAUACCCCUGUGACACCUACUCGAAGCUUGCAUCCGGAUUCAGUUCUAAGUAGUAGAGAAUUGUAUUCAACUCCUUAUUACACACGCCCAAUUGGGCUGCCUCCUACUAGUGGUUCAGAUGAUGGCUUAUUUAGGCGAGUGUGAUUCUGUUGGAUGUCUGUGAAGCCGUGAUAUGAUUGUUGGAUCUUUGUAGAGUGUUGUGGUUGUUGUAUACACUGUUUGUAGAAUAUAUCAGCUUUGUAUAACGUCAUACUGUAUAGAAGACUUCAUAACGUGGUCAUUAUAGGGCCUUCUAGGUCGUUGAUAUGUAUUGAAAUCCCGUUUUAUUGAUUA